UGAGACAAAAUAUUAUACUUGGUCAUUUAUUUAUUGAGGAAAAUGAUCCAAUAUUACAUAUCUGUGAGUAUGUGAACCUUUGCUUUCAGUAUUUGUUGUGACCCCCUUGUGCAGCAAUAACUGUAGCUAAACAUUUCUGGUAACUGUUGAUCAGUCCUGCACACCAGCUUGGAGGAAUUUUAGUCCAUUCCUCAGUACAGAACAGCUUCAACUCUGGGAUGUUGGUGAGUUUCCUCACAUGAACUGCUUGCUUCAGGUCCUUCCACAACAUUUCUAUUGGAUUAAGGUCAGGACUUUGACUUGGCCAUUCCAAAACAUUAACUUUAUUCUUCUUUAACCGUUCUUUUGGUUAUCUUUGGUAGAAUGACUUGUGUGUUUAGGGUCGUUUUCUUGCUGCGUGACCCACUUUCUCUUGAAAUUCAGUUCAAAGACAGAUGUCCUGACAUUUUCCUUUAGAAAUCGCUGGUAUAAUUGUAGACUUCAUAAUUGUCUACUUUUAGGACUUGUGUGACAAUCUGAUGACAUUUUAGGUCAUAUUUAUGCAGAUAUAUAGAAAAUAUGAAAUGGUUCACAAAUUUUUAAGUGCCAUACUGUAAGUAUGAAAAAUUUUGCUAAAAAAAUGUUAAUUUCCUCUCUGAAUGGAGACUUUUGGGAUGCCCUGUAUUGCUAAAUAAUAUGUUAACAAUUGAUUUUUUAUGUUUAGUAGAUCUAUACACAUUUUAUAGACUUUCAACUUGUGCCUUUUUAUUUUCAUUUUAUUUUGAAAGUCCAGUUCCUGGUAGUUAAAGUGUAGUAGAUGAUCUAUAGACCAUCAUUUUAUCUGGUCUCUUUUGCUUUCACUUUGUUUUGGCUAGUAGAUCAUAUAGUAUGUAGAUAUUCCUAUCAUAAUUUCAGAUAUAUGUAGACUCUAUUGAUGCAUUAUAUGAUUCAAUUGAUUAGCUGCUUCAUAACAGUUUAUCCACAUACAGUGUAACCGAACAUUUUAUGUAAAACUGAGGCAAAUCAAUUUUUGAGCAUAUGAAAUUUAAAUGUAUGCCCAGUAACACACUUUUUAACUUUUUUUUUUUUUUUACAACUAACAUCUGAUAUCAAUUAAGUUAAAAUGCUAUUUUGUGCAAUGAGCCACAUUGGUAAAAAUAAAUAAAUAAAUAAAUAAAUAAAUAAAUAAAUAAAUAAAACAAAUAAAAAAAUUAAAAAAUUGUGAAAUGCACCGUAGCACUGAAUCUAUUUUCCCAUUUUUCAGGCUUCUCUGCAAAUAAAGAAAGGCUGAUCAAGAUCUUGGAAUCUUCUGUGCUCCCACCAUCCCUUUCUCUAACUCUGCCCCACACAGAAGGGCACAGAGGCGGAUCAGAAGCUGACAUUUCCUAAAGCUUUACACACACACACACACACACACACACACACACACACUCCCAGUCCAGCAGAAGAGUAACUCUUGAAGGGGUCGCCGUGCCAAGCCAGUUCUCUGAGCUCAGAAAUACACACGUGCACAAAUGCUCCCACACACACACACUUGUGGGUGCUACUAUAUUAAGAUGUUAUUUUAAAAAAAAACCCUCAAUCUUCUACUGGAAUCUUUCUGUGUUACAUAAAUCCAGGAAUGGACUUCACUGGCAUUGUCAAGAUUAUCUGAAGGGCACUGCUGUGGUCAGCCCUGCUGAGAGAAUUUGACAUAAUACACCGUUUCUGAAAUUGAACACUAUACAGAGAAGCUGAGUGUGUGAGAUCAUGUCUCCGUUCCUGAGGAUUGGCUUCUCCAGCUUUGAGAUGGACCCGGGACUCGCUUACCAUGAAGAGGUGCUCAGCCCUUAUUGUGCUGUCUACAUGAAGGAGGCUGUGGAGACAGAAAAGGGUCAGGUGUAUAAACAGAAGCGUCCCACUAUGUACCCUCCAUGGAGCAGCACGUUCGAUGCCCAUGUUCACAGAGGGAGAGUGAUGCAUGUAGUGGUGAAAGACAAAACAGCUGAGUUGAAGACAGAGGCUACGGUGCAGCUGGACACACUCGCUUCCCGAUGCAAAAAAGAGAAUGGCAAGCUUGAGAUCUGGGUGGAGCUAAAGCCACAGGGUCGUCUGUUGAUGGAAGCGCGUUAUUUCUUGGAAAAAAAAGAUGCAGGUCAUGGUGAGGGAAAUGGUGAUGGAGAGCCAGAGCAAGAGAGAGAGGGAACGUUUGCGCUGCAUCAACGACGUGGUGCUAUCAAACAGGCCAAAGUCCACCUGGUGAAGUGUCAUGAGUUCACUGCUACUUUUUUCCCCCAACCCACCUUCUGCUCGGUCUGCAAGGAGUUUGUCUGGGGUCUGAAUAAGCAGGGAUAUCAGUGCCGACAAUGCAAUGCUGCCAUCCAUAAGAAGUGCAUUGACAAAGUGAUUGCCAAAUGUACAGGCUCAGCCAUUAACAGCAAAGAAACAAUGAUCCAUAAAGAGCGUUUUAAGAUUGAUAUGCCUCACCGGUUUAAGGUGUAUAACUAUAAGAGCCCGACCUUCUGUGAGCAUUGUGGCACGCUGCUUUGGGGAUUGGCACGUCAGGGCCUCAAAUGUGAAGAAUGUGGCAUGAAUGUCCAUCACAAGUGUCAAAAGAAAGUAGCAAACCUCUGUGGUGUCAACCAGAAGCUCAUGGCCGAGGCUCUGGCUAUGAUUGAGAGCACUCAGCAGGCCCGGAGCUCCAGAGAUAAUGAUAUAAUCGGACGUGAGGGACCGGUAGGUGUAGGACAGGCUGGAGUGGCCAGAGAGCCCUCGGGCUAUGUGUCAUCCAUACCAACACAGGCUUUAACCCCUACUCCAGCACCGCCACUACCACGCAAAGAGCAGCAGGGUGUAGCCUGGGAUUCACCGUUAGAGGGCGACAGUCUCACUCGUAAUCUCAGUGAAGAUUCAGAGCCACUGUAUGCUGUCCCACAUAAAGAGCACCACAAAUUCACCCUGGAUGACUUUACCCUGCACAAGAUGCUGGGAAAGGGCAGCUUUGGCAAGGUGUUUCUUGCUGAGCUGAAAACCACAGGGAAGUUCUUUGCAGUGAAGGCUCUAAAGAAAGAUGUGGUUCUGAUGGACGAUGAUGUGGAGUGCACUAUGGUCGAGAGGAGAGUUCUGUCUCUUGCCUGGGAACAUCCCUUCCUCACACACCUCUACUGCACCUUUCAGACCAAGGAGAAUCUGUUCUUCGUGAUGGAGUAUCUAAAUGGAGGAGAUUUAAUGUUCCACAUCCAGGCUUGCCACAGAUUUGAUCUCCCGCGCUCCACGUUCUACGCUGCCGAGAUCAUCUGUGGUCUGCAGUUUCUACAUUUAAAAGGCAUUGUGUACAGGGAUCUGAAGUUGGAUAAUAUUCUGCUAGAUAUCGAUGGUCACAUUAAGAUUGCUGACUUUGGCAUGUGUAAGGAGAACAUGCUGGGAGAAGCUCGAACAUCCACCUUCUGUGGAACUCCAGAUUACAUUGCCCCUGAGAUUUUGCUUGGGCAGAAAUAUGGCACCUCAGUGGACUGGUGGUCAUUUGGAGUCCUUCUGUAUGAGAUGCUGAUCGGUCAGUCACCGUUCCAUGGGCAUGAUGAGGAGGAACUGUUCCAGUCCAUCCGCACAGAUGACCCUUGUUACCCACGCUGGCUGACCAGAGAUGCACGAGACAUUCUCAUUAAGCUCUUUGUGCGGGAGCCGGAGCGGAGACUAGGUGUGAAGGGGAAUAUUCGACAACAUCUUUUCUUCAGAGACACUGACUGGAGUGCGCUGGAAAAGCGGCAGGUGGAGCCACCAUUCAGACCCACUGUGAAAUCACCAAGUGAUUGCAGUAACUUUGAUAAGGAGUUCAUUAAUGAGAAGCCUCGGCUGUCCUGUGCUGAUAGGACCCUAAUCAACAGCGUGGACCAGACUAUGUUCAAGAAUUUCUCCUUUAUUAACCCAGGAAUGGCUCGCCUUAAGAAUCCCUGAAACUCUCUCUCUCUCUCUUUAUAUCACACACACACACACACACACACACACACACACACACACACACACACACACAUUACAGAAUCUCUACGCAUAUGGAAGACAAUCUCAUUUAAUGAAGAAAAUCAGUAAAGGGAGUACGGUACUAUAGUGGCAUUAUCUAUAUCAUACUAAAAGAAGUCAGCUGAUGUAGGUUGCCCAAACCAUUCCACAUACUUGCACUAAUACAGUACUGUGAAAUGAAUUUGCCCCCAUCCUGAUUUCUUCUGUUUUUGUGUAUAUUGUCAUACUAAAUUAAUACAGAAAUUAAAACAAAAUCUAAGAAAAAACAAAGGCCACCUGAGUAAACACACAAUAUAAUUUUUAAAUGAUAUUUAUUGAAGCA